AAUUUUUCAAAUGUCAGAUGCCUGGGACACAUUUUUUAUUGGAGAUUUUGUUGAAACUUUGAAUAGCAAGUGUAUUCUAAAAAUUUUAUUUGUCACUAUAAACAAUUAUCUUUUUUAUAGAAUGUUAAGAGUUUUAGACUGAUAUUUUUAAUGUCAUUGUUGAGUUGUUAUUUGUUUUUUCACCUAUCUACUGCCUUGGAAACAAAAAUGUAUCUGCAUGGAAAAUAUGGAAAUUUGGUGGGAACCCUGUGUAGUGAAGGUUUCUCCAUUCUGUCUCCUUCCUGAUACAAUUUGUGGAGAAUGUACUGAAAAUGUAGACAACUUUUAUUUGUUCGUAAAAAACUGUUUGCAGAACAUAAUAAUACUGGAAAAUCAGUAUAAUAUUCAGGAAUCAUCCCUGAAGUCAAAACAAAAAAGAGAUAAAGGUUGCCAUGUGGAUUUUAGUGAUCGAAAAAUCAAUAAGGGAAUACAGACUGAUGACUUUCUGGAUGUUUUAGCUGGUAAAAAUUAUGACUUGGACAAAUUUCGUUUGAAUUUUCCUCAGACUGUAAGUUUUCUUAAUAAUGAAGGUAUUUUAACCAAAAAUAAUCUAAGCUUAGUUGACUAUGAUAUUGAUACAGACUCGAGUUUGGAGGAAUCUGUUAUCAAUAAUGGAAACGUUAUUUUGGGGGAAAAAUUGCGAUCUCUAACAGAAAUUUCGAAAUUUGUUGACUCUGUAACAAAUACAAAUUCUAUUUCAACAAAGUCUCUGUAUUUUGAUGAUACAGAAAAAAAUUUGAUUAGUGAAAUAUCUCAAAGAAAAGGGCUGAAGCGAAAAAGUGACUUUAUAAAAACUUCAAAACCAAAAAUUUUCAAACUGCACACAUCAAAUAGAAGGAAGAAUAAAAUACCAAUGAAACUAGAUACACAAGGUUCUGGCGAAACUAGUAGCCUUACUUUGGAAAAUGAAAAAAUCAAUACAUCUCAAAAACAAUCUAAACAAUUGAAUGAUGAUUCAGAUACUCAUCGUUCCCUAACAUAUCAGGAUGAGAAGGUUCUGUCAUCACUACCACAAAGUUGUCUGCUUUGUGACACUCAUUUCUCAGGUCCAGCUUCUUUAGCUUCACAUGUUUUUGAAGCACAUGGUAUUGAUAUGGCUGAAGUUGUUUCUUCUGGAUCUGGAGAAUCCUUACCAGAAAGAAGUAGAAAAAAAAUUCCCAAUCUUGUCAAAAUUUCUGAUUUGAAAAGAAGUGAUUCAAUAGAUGACCAGUCUUCUGAUCGUCAACGAGAACCUCCAAUGCUUCAUCCCAACUUCGUUUGUCCUAAUUGUCCAGGAAUCUUCACCAGUAAACAAGAUCUUAUGAUGCACCUUCGUCUCAAACAUGUACAGCUUGCUGCCUACCUUUGUGGCAUCUGCUUGACCCAAUGCACUUCCUACAUGAAUUUGAAGAGCCAUCUUCAAAUUUGUUCGCAGCAGCACCAAAUAACUACUAAAUAUAUUUGUCAAGUGUGCCAGUAUGGAGACGAUAAUUUUAAGUGGCUUGAGAAUCACGUUUUAGUCCACGAUUUUUUGUUGGAAACUUGCAAAAAACUGUUGAAGAUGUUUGAUCCAGAAGAUUACAUUGACACUAAUGAAAAUGUGGAAAACGUUGGUUUGACAUCCAUUUCUAAAAGCUUCAGUUGUAAUGAAUGUGGCGCUAGUGACUUUCAGACCUUCAAAGAGUUCAGUACUCACAGAAGAAAUAUUCAUUCCAUAUUUCACUGUGAUUUAUGUAAUAAGUUUUAUGGGCGCAACUCACAUCUAUGGAAACAUGUGAAUAGGCUCCAUAAAGGACAUCCUAGUAUAACAUGCCAGCUUUGUUAUAAAACAUCUGCUUCCAAGUAUCACCUAUCCCAACAUUUCAACAAAAUUCAUUUAACAAAAACACCCAAACAGAAAAGUUCUGAUGCUCAAUCUGUUGAAAAAGAUUUCUUACCCCAGUUAUCUGAAUGUGAUAUUCAGACUCUUGACCAUAUUGUAGCUCAAGAACAGAAUAGUAAUAUAAGUGAUCAGGAUUACAAUUUCCAUAGUCAACAGUCAGAUGCAGAGGAUGAGCUGAUUAUCAAACAAGAACUUUUCCAAAUAAAUGAAGAACCACUCUUGGCUCCGAAAGAAAUUGAUUCAUCCCAUGAUCUGUAUACUAAUAUCAUAACAAAUUAUACACCUCCAGUAAAUGAGGGCGAUUAUAAGUGUCCAAAAUGUUCCAAAGCUUUUCAUAAAAAAGUAUUACUCAAGAAACACAAAAAGAACUGUAGACCAAAGAUGCAAAAAGAUCUCCUUACACGUUGUAAAACGUGCUCUAGAAUAUUCAAAGAUCGACAAAGUUUAACUAAACAUUUAGUCAACUAUCAUUCAGAAUACACCUGUGAGAUUUGUAAUGAAAAAGUACAGAGUAAGUGCGAAAUUAUAUCUCAUAUUAGAUUCAGGCAUCCUGGUUGUGAUUUGUUUUGUAAAAUAUGUGAAAACAUCCUGAGAAGUAAGUAUGAUCUUCAGGAGCAUAUACAAAACCAUUUAGAUUCUUACAUUUGUCAAUUUUGUGGAGAUCCUUUACCAAGCAAAAUAAAACUUAAAAUGCACAUUCUUAGUUUGCACCGUAAGAUUUUGAGUUUGUCAUGUGGCAUUUGCCUAAAACUGUUUGAAACCCAGCAUAUUCUCCGAGACCAUGUAAGAUUGGUUCAUAAAGCCCAAUUGACGCCUCUCACUUCUUGCCCCGUAUGUGGUAAGAACUAUGGAUCAAAAUGGAAAACAUAUGACCACCUCAAUAAAUCUCAUGGGAGAAUAUUCAAAGCAUGUAAGACUUGCCUCGAGGUGUUUGAUAAUGAAGCUCAAUUGCAAGCACAUUGUGAUGUUACGGCACAUGGGUCCCAAAGCACCAAUGUGACUGCCACCACAAUAAGAAACAGUAUUAUGGCUCAUAUUACAUCUGCUAUAAAUGAAGUAGCUGCUAAUAAUGAAAUACCUGCUGACAAUGAAACACAGAAUGUUGAAGAAAGUGACAGUGAUGAAGAAGUUGAAAGUGAUAGUGAGUACGAAAAUAUUGACAAUGAACAGUAUAUUGAAGAACCAAAGUUAUUGCUGUCGCAAGACAAGAAAAUUUCAUUGCUGGAAAAGCGCUUACUGGGGAAAAAUCCAACUGAGGAUGACUGUUUUUCAAGAAGUGAUGCACAACUAACAAGUUUCAAAGGAAAUAAACCAAUUAGUGAAACAAAAAAACCGUUGACAAUUAUCACAAAAGAAGAAGAUCCAGAACGUAAUCUAUCUCCAUGCAAUCCUCCAACAAACUCUUCCAAACGAACUGUAUAUGUGAACAGUAAUGACCCCUCCUAUUGUGAAAUCUGUUUCAAAACGUGGCCUGCAAAAAAACAUCUUUGGCAGCAUUACAUUCGUUGCCAUAAGGCAGUAGCUGCUACAGUAUGUGGUAUUUGUCUCAAAACAAAUGAAAACUAUGAGAACUUGCAGAAACACUUACGUGAAAAUCAUCCUACUUUACUGCAUGGUCAAGGGUUUGGAUCAAAUUUUAUAUGUAGAAUUUGUGGCAGGUACCACAAUGCAAGUUCUAAAUUACGUUUACAUAUGGUAAUACAUGAAAACUUUGACUGGAAAUUAGUGGAAGAUGUGAAAGAAUCAGCGAAACAAAUAAAUAAUUCAACCAAACCUACUAAUGGAUACAAUGAUGUCAAGGGAAAGCCUCAACAGGAAGAUUUUGAUGACACCAUUAACUAUGAGAGUUUGAUAGAGCAAGUGGAAUGUUCCUCUCAAUCUGAUAACGAAGAAUCGGAGACUGAAUGCUUGCAGAACGAGAUUAAAGAAGAACAGGAUUCAUCUUCAGAUGAAGAUAGUGAUGAUUCUGCAUCUUCAGAAAUUUCAGAUCAUGAGUUAUUUGACAUUGUGGAGAAAAAACAGAGUGCAAAUGAAAAACAAGAUUAUGUUUCUACAGGUGAUGAGUCGAAUUCUAGCUGUACUGAUGAGCAGAAUGCAGUCAGUAAAAGUAAUUCUUCUGAGGAUGAUUGCUCUCAAGGAUCUCAGUCACUUUCUUCUCAGAGUAAGUUCAACAAUGGAUCAAAUACUAAUUCUGCAGAUUCAACAUUGAAUAGCAACAUAUUCAGACGAAAACCUGAGGAAUUAGACUCUGCUAUUAAAUCCAUCAGUUACGAAUGUCCCCUACCAGUGAAUGUAAAUGCAGUGCAGGAUUAUUGUGAACUACAAAGUAAUUGUCUCAAUGAGAAUGAAAUUGAAUCAGCUGUUGGGAGCAUACUAUAAGAUUUAUGUACAUAAUUCAUUUCACAAUAUAGUAGUAUUUUUGAUAAUUAGUAGGGGCAACACUAUUUUGAGGUUCGAUAGAGUGGCAUAUUUAAUAAAUGAGAAUUGGCAUAUAAGUUAACUUGACACUGUCUGUGCUUUUCAUUUGAACAUAUUUCCAGGGGUAGUGGAACACAUUGAUUGAAAGCUGCAUUUCGAGUAUCAAAUAUUUGAAUUCCGGUUUUUGUUUUCAAGAUUCGUAUGAAUUGAAUUUGUACUUCACCUCUAUAUUACAUUUUCAUCAUAUAAAGAAUAUAAUAAGGUUGGUAGCAGCUAUAGAUUAAAUACAUUUAAAAAAUGAAGAGAAAUACAUGCUAAUUGAAACCUGUUUAUGGUUUCGAGUUUUUAAGCAAUCGCUUGUUAGAAUUCAAUCCCGGCAUUUCUAGCUAACAACUUUAUAUAUUUAUUUAGUACACUAUUAAUCAGCCACAGCCGAUUAAAGAACGGUAAAACAAAACUCGGAAGAUACAAAAACAAGUACUUGUAAAAUGGCCAAUAAACAAAACAAAUAAUAACGAGGACAAUACAAACAGUGCAAUAUUGUGUCUGUCUACUCUUAUGUGGAAGGAUUAUUUGUUAUAAAUUAAGAACAGCUUUUCUUAUUGGCAGGUCAACAAUGAAAAAAAUAAACCUGCUAACAUAAGAAUACUUGUUCUCAAUUCUAAAUACCAUAUCGUCCCACAGUGUGGAGUUGUAUAUGAUUUUUUUCUUCAGUAAUUUUACUUCAUCAUCUUCAGAGGCUUUUGUUGUACUAUGUUCUGUCAUCCUUGAAGUAGAUUUUUAUUCAUUAGGAAAUUCAGGACCUCAUACUUUCUGCCACAGACCAAAUCGGGGUUUCUCCGAGUACCACUCUUGCCAGCUGAUCUGAAAGGUCCCUCAAUAAAUAAGUAAUCGGCUUCGUUAACAAGCUGGAUUCAUUUGGUUGAAUUUGAAUAAGUGUGAGCCAAGAUAAACCCUCGAUAGUUGCAGUGGAGACCACAGACCUACUCACUUUACACCUAUCCUACCCUACACCGUUCCUCCAACCUUGAAGUGAUGAAAGACAAACCUCUGAAGAUGCCAGCCACCGAAAAAACCUGAAACAGUUUUAAAAUUUUCUAAUUGAUUCGGCCGUUACUUGAUGAAGAUCCAUAGUAAUUUCAAAAACUACACCUGACGAUUUGAUCUCCACAAACUUUAUUUGAAAAAUAUAUAUCACAACAUGUUUCGCUAAAACAUUAGCUAUUUCAAGUGUUUUAUUCACUUGAAAAUGAGCAUUCUUUUACUAUAAGGAAUCAAAGGAAAAGCAGAAGUGUGGUGUAUAAACACUCUCAUUGAUUUAUAUGGUGAAAACUUUUCUAAAGUUAAGGAUAAAGUAAAAGUUUGGUGUAUGAAUCAAAGUUUAAAAAAAUGUUUGCCUUUAGAUGGAGAAUUUAAAUUAUCGAAUAUCAUAUAAUAUGUCAGAUUAUGUAAUAUUUACAUAGAUAUCUCAUCUCGUAAUAACAUGCUUAUUAUUUCCUCUUUUGAGGAAUGUGAAUUAAAAAGAAUCAAAUUGAUGUUGCUAAUUUUUUUUUUCAAUGCAUAAAUCUGGAUACCUCAUUAUAGGCCCUCUUUGAUAAUGUCAACCAAUUCUUGUAGUUGAAUAUAUUUGUGAUGUGAUGCCAUAUAACUCUUUUAACUGUAUUUUACUGUUUAUAAAUGUUUUCAAUAGAAAAUGGUCUCUUGCUAUCAUUUGUCAUCUCCGAUCGGUAUUAUUUUUAAUAAUAAAAUUUGAGCUAGUCAUUUUUCGGGACUUUAUUUCUAUUGUGAAUAUGAAAAGCAAAAAAUCUCAUUUGAUUUUUUUGUAUUAUGGUUCCAUACAAUGUUGUAGUUAAUUAAAGACUGUUUUCUUCGCACAAUGAUCUGAUUUUUCAAGCUAUGAGUAGAUAUUGUACCUAUUUUUGUAUUUAUUUUUUUUAUUAUAGGUUUAAAACAUUCCUUGAAUGCUUUACUGUUUAUUUUAUAAAGUGACAGUCAUUAAAUAUUUUUUAAUGAAUUCAAAUA